AUGUUCACUUCAUUAGCUAUUACACUGUUAGCUUCUUUAUCAGCUAUCAACGCUUCUCCCAUCUCACUACAACCUAGACAAGGUGGUGUUCAAGUGAUUAACAACUGUUAUCAAUCAGGUCAAGUCGCUUUGACUUUUGAUGAUGGUCCAUACAAUUACGAACAGGAUGUUGCCAACGCUCUAAACGGUGGUAAAGGUACAUUCUUCCUUAAUGGUAACAACUACGGUUGUAUCUAUGACAAAGCCGAUCAAAUCAAAUCACUACAUGCUCAAGCUCAUACCCUCGGAUCACAUACCUGGUCCCAUGCCGAUUUGACUCAACUCGACGAAGGGGGUAUCCACCAAGAGCUUGAGAAAGUGGAACAAGCCUUCAUCAAAAUUUUAGGUCUCAAACCUCUGUACUUCAGACCUCCUUAUGGUUCUUAUAACGAUUUGGUACUUAAAGUAUUGUCUGAUAGAGGUUACAAGAAACUCUUCCUCUGGUCUGAGGACACUGGUGAUGCCAAUGGUGAAUCCACCGGAUACUCAGAGGGUGUUCUCGACGGUGUAGCCAACUCUUACCCAUCUCCUCACUUGGUCCUUUCUCAUUCCACCAUCCAAACCACCUCUUCCGAAGUCCUUCCUAACUCCGUAUGGAAGAUCCAACAAGCUGGAUACUCGUUGGUUGCUGUCGACACCUGUUUAGGUGAUUCUGGUGAAUGGCCAUACGAAUACGUUGGUGAACCUGGUGAACCCGAUGGUUCAUGGACCUGUUACUAA